CUCGAAACCGAUAUUCCCGCGAAACACAAACGCUGUUUCCUUUGUUUGCCCCAAUAUUCGACAGGAGAGGAGAGAGAAAGAAGAGAGAGAAUUUGACAUCACGCAGCUCAUUUUUCUUCUUCUUCUUCUUCUUCUUCUUCUUCUUCCUCCCUCCCUCCAUUCUUCUCUCUCAUACCCCAAUUUGUUUCUCUUACGGAUUGUGAUUUUUGUGGUCUCGUCACAUUGAUAGGAUUGCAGGUGUUUGUAACUGCAGGAAUCUGCUUGGAUAUAACACAUCAGUUGUGAAUUUACCGUAUAUGAGUUGUUGAAUAUUGCUACGCUCGGUAGUUGAAUUAUGUUCUGCUGUGGAGGCAAGGAAGAGGAAUCGAAAGGCCCAUCUGUGAACCAAUAUACUGCCCCACCUAAAGGGGCGAAUACUUAUGGCCGUGGCAAUGAAAGAGGAGAGCCAAGGAGUUCUAAUGCUGUAAGAAGUGGGGCUCCUCUAAAAGCUUUAUCUAUUGAAACUCCAGCUUUGUCACUGGAAGAAUUACGUAGGUUGACCAGUAACUUUGGUGCAAAAGCUUUAAUUGGAGAAGGUUCUUAUGGCCGGGUUUUUUAUGCAACGUUAAGCAAUGGUAAGCCAGCAGCAAUAAAGAAGUUGGAUUCCAGUUCUUCACCUGAGCCAGACUCCGAUUUUGCGUCUCAGUUAUCAGCAGUGUCAAGAUUGAAACAUGAUCAUUUUGUGGAGUUGAUUGGGUACUGCUUGGAGGGAGAUAAUCGAAUUUUGGCGUAUGAGUAUGCAUCAAAGGGUUCUUUACACGACAUCUUACAUGGGAGGAAAGGUGUAGAAGGUGCUGAGCCUGGUCCAGUUCUUAGUUGGAAUCAGAGAGUUAAAAUUGCUUUUGGUGCUGCGAAAGGCCUUGAAUAUCUACAUGAAAAGUGCUCGCCUUCUAUUGUACAUCGUGACAUCAGAUCCAGCAAUAUCCUACUGUUUGAUGAUUUUUUGUCUAAAAUAGCUGAUUUCAACUUGACAAAUCAAUCUUCUGACACGGCAGCUCGACUGCAUUCAACCAGAGUCCUGGGAACAUUUGGCUACCAUGCACCCGAAUAUGCCAUGACAGGGCAGAUAACUCAGAAGAGCGAUGUUUACAGUUUUGGAGUUGUUCUUCUAGAGCUUUUGACAGGGAGGAAACCAGUAGACCACACAAUGCCCAAAGGACAACAGAGUCUUGUUACUUGGGCAACUCCAAGAUUGAGUGAGGACAAAGUGAAACAAUGCGUUGAUCCCAAGCUAAACAAUGACUAUCCACCGAAAGCUAUUGCUAAGUUGGCAGCAGUUGCAGCACUGUGUGUUCAGUAUGAAGCAGACUUCCGGCCGAAUAUGACCAUUGUGGUGAAGGCUCUCCAGCCACUUCUCACCUCAAAACCAGCAGGCCCAGACCCUCAUGGAUCAUAGUGUACCAGCUCAAAUAUAUUCUAGCAGGAUCGAUCAGACUCGUGUAACACUAAAAUCUUUAUUUUACUCUCUGAAAUUCUUGUUUGAAUAUUUCCAAGGCAUUGUUAACUUAUUUUUCCAGGAUUACGGUUUUUUUUUUUUUUUUUUAUCCGUUUCAUUACUCCCUGGAAUAACUCUUUUGCUAUUUCUUGGUAGAAGACAUUGAAUUUUUGUUCUGUACUUAGAAUUCUUGGAUUCAUUAUCACAAAAUCUUCCUUAGAAGAAAAACAAAACCAUAUAUGCAAACCUCUGUUUAACUGGUAA